UGAAAAUCAGACAGAGCUUACAAUCAGAGAGUAUAUACAUUGCUGAAACCAUCACUCUUUGGUCGUAAUUUGUGAUGGAAAGUCGUAUUAACGACGAUGACUCAGUCGUUUUUAAUUCAAGUCAGCCAGCGGUUGACCAACCCAUGGACCAGUCUACAGUAUAUCAAGAACAUGAAUUGAAAGCAGGGCUUUUCUACGCAGAUGCUGAUAUUCAAAUUGCCAAUCGCAUAUGUGAUGCCUUAAAUAGGAAUGGUUGUAAAGCACAAAUGUGUGAUUUUUAUGACGCUGGUCUAGCUGUGUUUGAGGCCAUAGAGUCUUUCGUGAGUGAACAACAAAUGGUACUGUGGCUGGCUACGAGGACUUCGUUAAACGAUAAAGGCAUCCUGCAGUCAGCUAGGCAUAUUGCCCAAUAUGCAUCCAUAACUAGACGUGAUCUUGGUAUCCGAUUUGUUACUGUGCAACCGGGGGAAUAUCUUCAUUCAAGGCUUCCUCUGACUCUUGAUGCUUAUACCACACUACGUGAGGAUGAGUUUUUUGAGAUGCGUCUCACCAAGACAAUAGCUAGCGUUCAGAAAAGAGCAAGGGGCGAUCACGCUCGCGAGAAUUCGACAGCAACUCCUAAUGCAACUGUAGAUACCGGAGUUAACGAAUUGAGAAAUUUACCACCAAAUUCUGACGAUUUGAUUGCUGAACCUGGCUUGGUUUCGUCAUGUUCUGGUAAUACAAACCUAUGUGCGACUCCAGAUAAUAAAUCGUUAGUUGGUGAAGGUACGUCUGGUCAAAAAGUAUCCAUUCAGGCAAUGCACAUUGUACAUAUUCAUGGUGAUAACUCAAACGUACAGGUUGGAACUGACAAUGUUUCUGUGGUACGCAAGAGGGAAAAUAAAAGAGAAGAUUCCGACUUACCUCCAGUGUAGUAAAAUUGUCCUAACACCUAUUGCUCUUGCUCGCGUAGCCUACUGCUCUGCUUAGAAAAAUUAAAAUCGUAGCUUGACAUUCUUUUAACUUUUUAUGUUUAUGCUAUGAAAUUUUCAAUUUCUUAACUGAUGCAACUUCAUUAUUCUUGUAAAUUUACUGUUGGUAAAACGUAAUCAUCAAUUAAUAUAUUUAAUUACUGUUAUACCCGUUAUGAACUUUAUACUUACUGACCUUUUGUUACGUUUUAUUUUUCUGGUUCCUAUCAGGAUAUUCAUGUCAUUCUAAUAAUGGCAUUUUUUAAUUCCGCGUCCCAUGUAAUCUCUGCUCGAUUGAAAGCGUAGCCUUAUGGUAGAGACUAGGUGUAAACUGUCAUACUGUUUUUCGAAUAUGGUAAAUUGUACAAAAUUAUUCACUUGAUGUAAUGCUAAGUAAAAAUUCAUUAUUUUCCUAAAUUCAUAAAAAAUUCACAGAAAUUCAUUAGUUGUGACGACUCUUUCUGUGGACAUAAUAUUCACCAAAGCAAAUAUAUAUGAAACUACUUUUCUAAACUAGUUUUGCCGCAUGGCGUCUUCUAAAAAGUAUAUAUACAAGGUGUCCCAAAA